AUGGCCAGAAUCCCAGUAACGGAAGAGCCGGUAGAUUUAAAAGCAGUUGGAAACAGGAUAAUGAAGAGGGUUUUGUUUACGAUUUUCAUUAGCGGGGUCAUAACCUACCUCUACUACCACUACGCCCCGAUCAAAACGAGAAAUUUCGAUUCAGUGGGGGACAAAAUAGCCUAUGUUAUCCAGUGCAAUCUGCUGUCCGUCUGCUUCAUUAUGCGCGUGGUGCACAAAAUAGGCGAUACCAGACGAAAAUCCAAUCAAGUUAAUCCCCUAUCAAGUAAAGAUCUACACAAGAUCGAUGUGGCGGUUAGGGUACUUCAAAAUACCUUGGAACAGUUCGUUAUCAACAUAUUCCUGCAGUUGAUUAGUGUAACAUGGUUCGGGAGCGACGAAAUGAAGUUGAUCCCGAUUUGCGCGUUUUGGUUUUUGUUGGGAAGGAUUCUAUUCUGGAUCGGCUACAACGAUCCGUCCGAUAGUCGGACGAAACGAGCCUACGGAUUCGCACUAACAUUUUUUCCGUCAGUUGUUCUCGCCAUGUUUUGCAUCUUCAUGUUUUUUUGGGACAUUUAUUUGGCGUAUUUUUAG